AUGGCCCCCGCGUCGCCGGGCUCCGCACCAUCACCUCCCGCGCCGCCGGCCCCCGCGCUGCCAGACUCCGCGCCGCCGGCCUCCCCGGAAUAUAUGCCCUCAAUGGAGUGGCUAAUGGCCGGACCGGCGCCGCCCAUGCUUGGGGAAGAGGACGAUUUCGUCCUCGCCCUCGCACCGCCUCCACCGUCGCUAUUCUGCCCAAUUCAUGGGCAUGGUCCAUGCCCGACACGGGAUGGCACGGCGCCGCCGCCUCCGUCUCCGACCCCGCCUGCAACUCCACCACGCAUCGACUUCAACUCAAACCAAACCGGCGGUGGCACCUCCGAGGCGGACCGGAACGACGACAGUGGACUUGAAGUUAUCAACCCGAAGGCGCGCCCACGGCUCCUCCGCUGUUUUGCGGCCGCCAUGGCGGCUCACCGCGCCGGACCGGGCGGCGGCGGGUGGAACCCCGCCACCCUCGGCACCGCGGCGAGGACGACCCAGAGGAAUUUCCGAGUCAGCGCGCCGCCGAGCGCGCCAGCCGGAAAGAGGCGGAGCAGCGUCGCCUGCUCGGCUACACCUCCUCCUCCGAAGAAGUCCAGGCAGGACUUCGAGGCGGCGAAGCAGGAGCCGCGAGUCACUGUCCUCGACGACAACCCCGCUUACAGCGGCUUCACCUUCGACUCCAACAGCAGCAACGACGCCUCCUGGAUCGAUGCCUAG